AGCAUUAUAUGAGUUGGAAAGGAGAAGGCGAUCGGCGAUCGGUAGAGUAUGAACUGCGAGUCUUGCUUAUCGUAGCUGCCUCAGUCUGCGAUUGACUUUCAACAGCUGAGUGAACGGUUUUUAUUCCACGCUAUACUAUUUAAAAGUUGUGCUCACUCAUUAGUUUGGCCCGAUUAAGUACGCGUUGACGAAAACAGUUUACAGAUCAGUAUAACUGUAUUUGAUCUGGUAUGAUCUAUUGAAAAAACUACCGAUGCAAUCAAAAUAACAGUUCUGAACAACCUUGUCAACGUUAGAAUUAUUCGCGUCUAUAAAUACUCUCUUCAAUUCUCUUAAUAGUUAAUCAAACGGCCAAUUUAACGUUGUAACGUCUUAAAGUUCGAUUACGAAAAAUCAGGAUAACUAUAAGCAAGUAGAACAGCUAUAAUUAUGGCACUUUCACUCGCAGAUGAUCAACGAUUUGCACUCAUGAAGUUUAGACGGAACGUUCAAGAUGUCAUGAAAUCUUCUCACGAUGAUCAAUUCCUUCUACGGUGGUUGAGAGCUAGAAAAUGGGACCUUGUAGCUGCAGAAAAAAUGUUAAGAGAUUCAAUGGAAUGGAGAAAGCGAUGGGAUGUUGACAAGCUGAAUGAAUGGGAAGUUCCAAAAUUGCUAAUAGAUUAUCUUCCUCAUGGACUUAGUGGGUUCGAUAAGGAUGGAGCGCCGGUUAUUAUAAUGCCAUUUGCUGGACUAGAUUUAUAUGGGAUAUUGCAUGCCUUUAGCAAGAGAGAAGUGAUUAAAGCAACAAUAAAAUUGUUGGAAAAUUAUUUGGAUAUUUGUCAAGAACAAUGCAAAAAACAUGGGUUGGCAGCUAGUCAAUGCACUGUCAUUUUUGAUAUGGAAAAUUUUAAUCUUCGACAAUAUAUGUGGCGUCCAGCUGGUGAACUUGCCCUUACCUUGAUUCAAAUGUAUGAAUCUAACUAUCCAGAAAUAUUAAAAGUUUGUUAUAUUAUCAAUGCACCAAAAGUAUUUGCAUUUGCAUUUUCAAUAGCUAAAAAAUUUUUGAACGAAUAUACCAUAUCAAAGAUUCAAAUUUAUAAAGCUGAUCCAUCAAAAUGGAAAUCUGUAAUAUUGCAAAUGAUUGCAGAUGAUCAAUUACCAGUUCAUUAUGGUGGAACAUUAGUUGAUCAUGAUGGGAACCCAAAACUAAUAUCUAAGAUAUGCCAAGGAGGUAAAAUUCCAAAAAGUAUGUAUAUAAAUAAAAAUGAAAAGGACAAAGCAAAUGAAUAUACGACAAUGACUGUGAAAAAAGGAGAUAAAUUAAAACUUGAAUUUCAGUCAAACGAAAUUGGUUUAUUAUUAAGUUGGGAAUUCUACUUAGAAGACCAUGACAUUAAAUUUGGAAUAAUAAAAAAGACAAAUGAUGGGUUACAAACUGAAAUUAUUCCUAUUCACAGAGUCUCUACUCAUCAACAUGAAGAAGUUGGUAUUAUUACAUGUGAAAUUUUAGCAAAUUAUUUUGUAAUUUUUGAUAAUAGUUACAGCUUUCUGCGUAAUAAAAAAAUACAUUACAAUAUACGGUUGACUCCAUCAACAACAUUUGAUGAAGCAACAAUAAUAAAAUCAUAAAAUUUUAACUUUUUUCUUACUAAACAAA